AUGCCUACUAAAAUAGCUAAACAAGUUAGAUUUGGUGGUACAGGUAUCAAAGUAUCUCCAAUUAUCGUAGGAUGCAUGUCCUAUGGCUCAAAAGAUUGGGCUUCAUGGGUUGAAGAUGAUAAAGAAAAAAUAUUCAGCAUUUUGAAAUAUUGUUAUGAUCAUGGAUUGCGUACUUUUGAUACCGCUGACGUCUAUUCUAAUGGAGCUAGUGAAAGAUUAUUAUGUGAAUUUUUAAAAACAUAUAAUAUUAAAAGAGAAACAGUAAUUAUCAUGACCAAAGUGUUUUUCCCAAUGGAUGAAUCUGUUGCAGUGACUCGUACAGGUUCUAAUGACGAAAAUUAUGCCUUAAAUUUGAUUAAUCAACAAGGUUUAUCACGUAAACAUAUUCUGGCCGGUGUCAAAAAUGCAGUCGAAAGAUUGGGAACAUAUAUCGAUGUCUUACAGAUCCAUCGGUUUGAUUACGACACCCCAAUCAAGGAGACAAUGAAGGCCCUGAAUGAUGUUAUUGACUCCGGUGACGUUAGAUACAUUGGGGCAUCUUCAAUGUUACCUACCGAAUUUGUUGAAAUGCAAGCUGUAGCAGAGAAAUAUGGCUGGUAUCAAUUUGUAAAUAUGCAGUCAUGUUAUAACUUAUUAUACAGGGAAGAUGAACGCGACUUAAAUAUAAGCUGUAAGAAGCAUAAUAUUGCAUUGACACCGUGGUCUCCAAAUUGUCGUGGUAUCUUAACAAGACCAUUAGGUACAAAGACAGAUAGAUUUGUUAAGGAUAGGGUUAUCGGAGCUUGGGAUUUACCUAAUUUACCUCCUGCGGAUAGAGAGAUAGUUAACCGUGUUGAAGAAUUGUCAAAGAAAAAGGGAAUAUCGAUGGCUGUUUUAUCUAUUGCAUGGGUUUCUUCUAAAGGCUGCUUCCCUAUUGUCGGCAUUAAUAAGAUGGAGAGAGUCGAUGAUGCCUUGGCGGCACUGGAUGUAACCUUUACAGAAGAAGAAUUAAACUAUUUAGAAGAACCUUAUAUCCCCAAACCUUUCCGUAUUUAUUAA